CACACGCACACACCUUAAACCAGAAGUGGGGCUGCUGUGAGUUUUGCCCUAGAGGUGCGUCGGAUUUAACAGUUGCCGGACUAAAUAGGUUACUUCCUAUUGGAUAUAAUUCAUAUUAAGCAAGAGGUGUCAUAUCAAAUGCAUGGAAUUAAUUUGAAAGUGAAUAAUUUCGUGUGCAACUGACAGUUUAACCGCAGUUUAAUUAAAUUUCCUCAUCGGUGGAUAUUUUGCAUCUGGUGAAGUCUGCCGCGGAGUAUUAAAAUUGCAUCUAUGCUUCUUGCCCUGCACACGGAAACUGUUGAAUCGUUGACUUGCGCGCUAUUCUGAGGCUGUGGGCCGCAUGGAUCGUAUGACCGCGUGGCUUUAGGGGUUUUGUGCUCGGCUCGAGGGAUGGCGGAGGUGGGCGCGCUGCUGCAGGGCGCGGAGGGCGCGGGAGCCACGAGCUCGCUCCUGUUUCUGCCGCCGCUCGCCGAGACUCUCGCGCUGCUCGGAGAUCAACGGUUUCCGGCCGAAUGGCUGUCCCGCAGCUCACCGGCCGACCUGGUGCACUUAAAGGGCAUCCUGAGGAGGAGACAGCUUUAUUGCAGAACCGGUUUCCACCUGGAAAUCCUACCGGACGGCACAGUGCAGGGCACGAGGAAAGACCACAGCCGGUUCGGUAUUUUGGAAUUCAUAAGCCUUGCAGUUGGAUUAAUCAGCAUCCGAGGAGUGGACAGUGGCCUCUACCUUGGAAUGAAUGACAAGGGGGAACUUUAUGGCUCUGAGAAACUGACAGCUGAAUGUGUCUUCCGGGAACAGUUUGAAGAGAACUGGUACAACACCUAUUCCUCCAACCUCUACAAACAUGGAGAGAAAGGAGCACGCUACUAUGUGGCCCUCAACAAGGAUGGAACACCACGAGAUGGGACAAAGUCAAGGCGACAUCAGAAGUUCACACAUUUUCUCCCUAGGCCAGUAGACCCUGAUAAAGUACCUGAACUUUACAAAGAAGUUUUAGGACACAGUUGAGACAAGCAGCUUGGUGUCUGAAGAGGAAUAGGCCUGUUAAGCCCUGUUCUAAUCAAAGGAACAGAGGAUAUGGAUGGCAUCUAGUAACCAAGAUACACUCGCCAGUGCCACAAAGAUGACAUGGGUUAUUGCGUCAGGAAGCACAGACCAGAAAUUAUGGUAAAGUGCUCAGUCCUGGUCAUUUUUCGAAGUGCUACUAGAUACAGAAGGUGUCCCAAAGUCCAUGGGUCUAACUAAAACUACUUAGCAAUAGGCCUGCUGCUGAAGAGUAAGAAGAGGAAAGGACAUUUAUAUGACAAGUCCUUUAGUUGGUUUAUUAUUGACUGGCUUUGGAGUAAACUGAAGGAACACUACUUAUGUGAUGUGCUGAUAUGUCAAGAUUGAAAGCUGUGGAGAACAGAACACAUAAGCAGGAUAUUAUUUAUACAGUUCACACUACAUAUAUUUAUUUUAUGUAUUUAUUUAUUUGAUAAUAUAUAUAUUUUUACAUCUAAAUGUAGACUUAUCUAAUUAGAUACACUAUAGAAGGUGCCUUAAGCUUGCAUAAAAUCAGAUGUGCUCAUAGAAAUAUGACUUUAUAUUCUCACUAUG